AUGUAGAAAGAAGAAACUCCUCAAUCUGAUUAACAACUUAAUAAUUAAUUGAAUAAAUAAUCUUUAAAUAUUAACAAAUAAACAUAAGAUUAAGAAAAAAACUUACCAGCAGGUUUAAAAAUUAGUGAAACUUCAGAUCAAAAAAAUAUUAAUUAACAAAGUUUCAAAACUGCUCGAAAAAAAGUUAAGAAUUAAAUUAAUGCUGAUUUGAAGGGGAAAACUGCUUGUAAAAGAUUUUGGAUUUUAACAUUUAUUGUCAUAAUAGCAUUUGUUAUUGGAAGUUUCUUCUUGCCUAACUCCAUUAUAUCUGUAGAAUAAACAAAUAUAUGUUAGUUAAAUUUUCUUAAUAAUAAUGAGGAAACUUAAAAAAUGUAAUAAUUUAGUUUAAUUAUAUAGUUGUUUAAGUGAAUAAAAUUCAGUAAUUGCAUUAUUUAUAUAAGGUUUACAAUAAUAAAAUCAAUUUAUGGUUGCUUAUGCUAAAUUUAAUAUGCUAACAAUACCAAAGUUAGAGUUGAGAGAUAUAAAUUUUACAACAUCUUUAUUUGCAGUUAAUAAUAUUAAAGAGGAUGCAUUAUUUUAAAAUAAUUUGACUAGCAUCCAUAAUUCUCUUGGUGCAUAUUGCUAUAAAAAUAAUAGCAAAUAACUUAAUACUAUUCCAUAAUAAAAUACUUAAAAAAACGAAGAUAUAAUUGAAUGUUCAAGUCUUAAAUUAUUUAAUCUGUUUCAUUUAAAUUAUGAAAAUUAUUUGAUUGUGAUUAAUUUUACAUAAUUAGAACAGCCAUAAAAAAAUUUUAUUGAAAACUUUAAUUAUGAAAUAGAUUUUGAAUUUAAAGUUCUUAAUCCUAUUUAUUAAGAAACUAUAUUUAUAAUCAGAUUAAUAUUUUUAUUAACGUCAAUAAUUGCUUUUUUAAUUUUUAUUUUUAAAAUGAGGAAUACAAGUUAUUAGAAAUUAUGUUUAGAAUAAAAGUUUAUAAUAGUUUUAAGUUUUUUACUAAUUCUUUAUAACGACCCACUCUAUAUAUUAACUAUUCAAAACCCAAAUAAAGUUUCUUUAGUUUUUGAUGUUAUAUUUAUGAGCAGUUUUGUGAUAUUCAUUAUUUUUUAUUGGUUAGAAUCUAUAGAGAAUAUCAAUGAUUUUAACGGAAAGAAGUUUAAGUAUAUUUUCUUCAUUCCAAAAAUGAUAUUUUCAAUAAUAAUUUGGAUAUUUUUUUCUUUAUGCUAUAUUCUAUUGGCCUUCAACUAUUUCGAUGAUCCUUUGAAAAACUUUAAUGACUAUGGAGAAAUAAAUUAUUUUGGAAUGAAAUGGGCAUCUUGUGGUUUAAUUAUCUUAUAUAUAAUAAAACAGAUUAAAUAAUUUGCUUUAUUUAUUUUUUAGUAUGAAACUAGAUAAUGGAGAUUUAAAUAAUCAGGAUUGCUAAUGAUAAACUACUUUUUGAUAGUUAUGAUUUUAGUAUUCACAGGAUCCUUCUCAAUUAUUAAUUAUGCAGGGGAACAAGUUUUAAUCUCUAUAGCAUUAUUAAAUAUAUAUGUAUAUAGUGAACAGUACCAUUGGGUUUCAGUUGAAGAGAGAGAAGAAAAGAUUUAAAAUAUUAAGGAUGAUGAAAAAGUGAAAGAAUAACAAGUUAAUUAUUUAUACAGCGAGGAAAACAAAGAAAUUAAUACGAAGCAUGAAUGAAAG